CUCCUCAGCAAAGCAAGAUGGCGGCCGUCGUGGAGAGGGCUGAUGGAUGCGUCGGGUCCACGGACUCGGACGCGGCGUCACCGCGACAGUCGAGCCCUCCGCCGGACCAGCCGCACCAGAACAACCCGCUGCUGGGUCUCCCCAUCGUGGCCAUCGAGGCCAUCCUCUACUUCAUGUCCUACGACGAGAUCAGCCUGCUGCGCUCGGUGUGUAAGCGCAUGGACAUGAUCUGCCAGCGUGUCCUGAAUCAGGGCUUCCUGAAGGUGGAGCGUUACCACAGUCUGUGUCAGAGGCAGGUGAAAGCCCAGCUGCCCAGGCGGGAGUCGGAGAGGAGGAACCAUUCACUGGCUCGUCAUGCUGAUAUCCUGGCCGCUGUGGAAACGCGCCUCUCUCUGCUCAAUAUGACCUUCAUGAAAUAUGUUGACUCCAACCUCUGCUGCUUCAUCCCCGGAAAGGUGAUAGAUGAGAUUUACCGCGUGCUGCGCUAUGUGAACUCCACUCGAGCGCCCCAGCGAGCUCACGAGGUUCUGCAGGAGCUGAGGGACAUCUCCUCCAUGGCCAUGGAGUACUUCGAUGAGAAGAUUGUCCCCAUCCUGAAGAAGAAGCUGCCGGGGGCCGACCUGUCCGGCCGUCUCAUCGGGUCCACACCAGUGGCAGGUCCAUCCACCUCCCUGACCACCAUGUCCCUGCUGGCCAAGAACACGCCGUCGCGCUCCGAGAUGACCAAGGUGCAGCAGCAGGUGAAGGUGAACGGGGCCUCGAUGACGGUUCUGCGGCGGGAGAUGCAGGAGAUCCGCGUCAAGCAGCUGGAGCAGCAGAAGCAGCUGCAGGACCAGGAGCAGAAGCUGCUGGAACAGACGCAGGUGAUCGGUGAGCAGAAUGCCCGCCUUGCGGAGCUGGAGCACAAGCUCCGCGAACUGAUGGACAGUAGCGCCGCCGCAAUGGGAGGAGCCAGGCCCAGCACGGCGGUCCCCUCCACGUCUAGCGGCGUGUCUUCCACUGUUGCCAGCACCUCUGGUACUGUGUUGGCAAGCGGCAGCGCGGCUGCGGCCUCGAUACCCGCCGAGUCCGAGGGCCAGGGAGGGUCAACGCUCAAACGCACCAGAAAGAGCCAGGACCUCCCACGACAGUCCAAACGGCUGCGCAGCAAGAAAUGAGAGACUCAAGUGUGUCAUUUAGUUAAGUUUUGUUUUUUGGUUGGGGUCUGACUGAUCACACCUUAUCCCCCCCGCGUCACCAACACUCAUUUUCUGUACCGUCUUUCAGAUGAGUCACAAUUAGGAAUAUCUCUGUAUGCUUUACCAGUAUUCUCUCUUCUUUUUGUUGUGGUGUUGGAUUUGACGAUAGUGUUAAAUGGAAUCGCUGCUUGUCCACAAGCUACAAAACACUGAACCCCACAGCGUCGUCACGACUUUGCACAAACGUUGACAGGGUCAACAUUUGACCUUCUCUUACUUUUACUAUCUUUUGUUAUGCUAUAUUUUUUCUGUAAUCAACAAAUACCAUGAAAAACACCCAAAGCAACAAUGUUGUUGCCGCGUUCCUGAACACUUUCCGAUGCCCACACACUGAGCUCCGAGCACAUGAGUUCCUUCUGAAGAGGUCAAUCUUUUGAAAACACCUCACAAAUGUAUAGUUACAUUUUGUUUAAAGUCUCUUUAACCUCCUAGAACAGCUGCUCGCUGGAGGAAAUGGCACAUUUGAGCUCAAUGGCACAAAGGAGUAAGAUGUAUCAGGCUUUGGACGAUUGUUGGUUUGGGUCGUUGACAUGGGAUUUGUCGACAAGGAGAAAAAUAUAGUACAUCUCCAAACACACAAGACUUUUUUUAUUCGCAGCUAAAUCAGCGGAUAGGUAGGCAAGUCUGCCUACUGUAGCUAAGAGUGUCCAUUAAGAUGACGGCACAGUUUUUUUUUUUAGUGUGGAGGCUUUUCCAAGAGGUUUAUGUUCUGGUGUCACAGAACAGAAGUUGUUUAACAGGAGUGACAUUGUUUCACGUGAUUAAUCUGUAAUACAACUUCAAAAUGAUGGAACCAAAUUGAAGUGACGUGUCAUUGGUGAUCAGUGUUCUUCCCUUCCACUUUCACACGACGAGGUCGGCAUCCUUAAAUAUUGAUAUCAUUCACACUCGCUUCUUCCUUACUUGGCUAUGUGCAAUAAUGAUCUUGUGAAAAAGUAAUGAGUAAUUUAUAUUCCUCUCUAGUCGCUCGGUUGUUCUUUUCGAAAAUUGCUGCCCAAACUUUUUCCAGUUAAAUCUGAUCAGUUUGUGAAUCAUCUUAAAGGAAGGAUGGGGUCCCUGAAGAAAGAAACGGGCCGUGUUCUCUGGCCGAACACGGGAGGUAGAUAUUAUUUAUAAAGGGAUGGAAAAAAGAAUUUCUUUACAUGUUUUUACAGCGAGAGCAGACCCUUUAUAGCUCCGUUGUGCCUGAAAGCACCUGAUGUUAAAAUGCUUCACUUUAACAUCAGAAGUCACUGUAUGUGGACUGCAGUCCAUUGGCAACACAACGUUUGGCAUCUGUCCUUUAAAGGAUCAUACCAGUGUUUUUUUUUUUUUACAUAAUUCAUCCCAUGUACUACAAUCAUUGUAAAACUCAAUACAGCUUUAACAUGAUUUCCAAAGUACAUUGAGUGUUAUUGUUUUUUUCAAUGUGUUCUUUCUACUUUCCAUUGAUUUCUAUUCGUUUCACUUUAAAAACUUGCACAUCAUGACACAAAACCAACAACUUUUUCUUGAAACAAGCUCAAAUUUCUUUGUGUCAAAAUCGACCACAAUCAAGCUUCAUUUUAUACCAACAAUUCUUGAAAUGAAACAAUAAUAAUACAUUAGCUCAAGGUUCACUAGCUUGUCCUAGAGCUUUCAACCAUACCCCACUGUCUUAAUGAUCAGAAAUUGCAGUUUGACGAUUGUGAGCCAAUUCUAACGAUUUGUCAAAUUGUAAAUAGUUUGAUUGUUAUUCCCUUCAGGUCCCUUGCCAGUGUUUGUCAUGACAUGCCACCUCAACAACCUCUUCUGCGGAAGAAGACCCUAAAAUCUUGAAAGCUCUAGAAAAAGCUCCAGGGGAAAAAAGCUAGUAAAUGGACCUUGACUUAUAUUUCCAAUUUCACAAAAUAAUUGUAACUCCUGCUCUAGAGUUUGAGCUAGAGUUUGGUCUAUUUUUUAAGGUCAACACAAUUGGAUGUUGGAUGUUUGGGAGUUUCUGGAGUCGGAUCCAACAGAUACCUGCUGGACUCAUUUAGUAUUUCUGUUUGAUAAUCAUUUUUAGUAAAUCAGUGGAAAUGCAGAAAAACACUUGUAUGGUCCUUGGGUCAAAGUAGAAAUUGUGUGCCUUUCUUUUUUCUUUUUCUUUUUUAAAGAAUGCUAUGUAUGUUGACAUUUUAAAAUUUUCAUUACACACUUUCACGCUUCCUCUCUAGUGCCAUGCAGACCGUUUUGGUUCAUCUUGUCCAUGUUCAGUGACAUCUGCCUCAGACAUCUGUCUCCACUCCAGAAUAAGGGAAGUAAUUGACAUCGAGCCUACAAGCAUGGAUGGAUGCCACCAGUGGGGAAAAUACAUUUAGAGGUCCAGUGUGUAGGAUUCAGGACGUUCGAUUGACAGAAAUGCCUUUUGUGUCUACUUAAGGAUUCUGUACCACCAUGUUCCUACAGUAGCCCAGAGGGGACAAACCAACCAAUAGCCCUUGACAGGGCCUUUCCUGUUUAAAUAGCUGCUUUCAGACGGGCACUGAACUUUUCCAGAGGGGCUGUAUGUGACAACGCAAAUGUCGACAUAUGUUGUUUGGGACAUUUCUGUAACUUUUCCUGCCCGGCCCCCUAGUAACAUCUCUGGAAAAUAUGUGAACAGCAAACUCCAGAAAAUGUCCUGACGCAAAUUUCUGGACAUUUUCUGGAGUUCAUGUCUGAAAACGGCUACAUGGUGUUUUUGACAUUUUCACAGAUUUCCCCGGGGAAUAAUUCAUGGAUCUUGUUGAAAAACCUCAGGCAUGUUAAGGGGAUCUAUAUUUAAUGGCACUGUUGAUGGCAGAGGAAUGUUAUCGUUAAUAAGUUAUAUAUAUAUAUAUAUAUAUUUGGCGUUUUUCAUACCUGUAAGAGUAAGUUCAAACAUUUUAAUAUCCUUGUUGUUUUGUCAGUUCAUGUCUGAAAACAGUUCAUAUUACCCGAAGGUGACCAUAGGUAGUCCUACACACUUGGAAGAGGAGGGGUACUCACUCAGCUGCAAUAUGAUAAUUCACCACUAGAUGCCACUAAAUCUUACACACUGACCCUUUAAGUGCUAUAUAAUUUUUUUAAAUUAUCUUGUAACACAUACCUAUAAACUGAAGGUAGAAAUCAUCCUGUUGUGAUCAGUGUAAAUGAACUUGUGACUGGUUUGCAGUGACAGUAGCGGGUCGCUUGUGCUCUGCAGAACGGCUCAAGAGUACCACGACUUUCCGCAGUUGUUGUUUUUUUAAAAAAAGAGGAAAAGGAAGAGAGAAAAAAAGGCAUUGUUCUCAGCUUCCCUGUGCAGUGACACUCCUGCCCUUUCCUGUACAAACCAGUCUCUUGCCUUGUGAGGCUAGAUUAGCUGUGAGCCCAUAUUGUGGCAGCACUUUUGUUUUCUUUGUUUGAAGCUUCUCUGUUGUUUGGAUGACCUGAACCACUCAUGGCAUCACCCUUUUUUUUUUUUGGGGGGGGGGGAAACCUUGGCAAUGCAGUUCACAUCUUGGUGAACACUGGGGGUGUAUUAUAACGACACUCGGCAGCGAGACACGAGAAGGUGUAAAUCUAGUGGCUUAAUUUGAGACUACGUCUCAGUUGAGGAAAUUGUACUGUACUCUUCAUGUACUUUAAAGUGUAGAUUGUGAAAUAUUUCAUGUGUGUAUACCGAGAAAAUGAUCUUUUGAGUAAGCUGGCCAACUUGGUUGCCAACGGUUUUGUUGCACACCUUACUGUUGCAAAUGUCCAAAUCAAACCUAUUAAAACUCAGCUUAUCCACUUA